AAUAAGAACUAAACUUGGGUAAAUCUAUUUCAAGUUUCAAAACACAAAUCUCUUAAAACCCUAAUGGCAAUCCCAAAACCUCAGCAUCCCCUUCUCUUGGAACAGCAAAGGCAAGAACGCAUAAUGUGCAAACUCCGAGACGCCGUUUUGGCACGUGUGGCGGCGGCGGAGGCAGGAGCCUCCAAACCCAUGAACACCGCCGACCACAUUAACUCCGUCGUCGAACGCCGCCUCCAACAGCUCAUCCCUAGUGUCUACACUCCCACUCAUCCGCCUUAUGCCUCGAUGAUACAAAGGGCAAUAGAGGAGUUGAAUGAGGAAGGAGGAGGUGUGAGCGAGGUUGCAAUAUCGAAGUUUAUCAAAAGGGAAUACGAGGAUUUGCCGUGGGCGCAUGAGGGUCUGUUGAGGCUUCAUUUGAAGAAGCAAUGUGAGAUUGGGGUGCUUGUGUUAGAUGGUGGGAGGUAUAAUUUUAAUUUGGUUAAGGAUGGUGAUGGUGGGGCUUCUGUUGAUGUUGAGACAGAGUCGAGGAGGAGAAGGCGGCCGGGGCGGGGUAGAAGAGGCCGGGGUAGAUGGCGUGGCAGGGAAGAAGCGGAGCGGAUUAAUGAAGCAUUUGAAGAAGAGGGGAUUGAAGGAGGAGAAGGCCAAGAUGAGGUGAUGGGACAAUCUGAGAGGCCAAACAUGGAUGAGGUGGAAAAGGCAUUACUGGCAUAUAUCAAAUCGCAUAACCGGGGAGAAGCAAACGAAGAUGAGAUGAUAAAAGAACAGAUUCGAGCAGGGGUGGGUGAAGAUGAAGUUAUAAAAAACAAUAACCAAAGAGAAGAACAGCAAAGUGGAGAGGAGCCACAAUCUCAGCAUGAUCAGCAACAACAGAAAUCACAAGAACAAGGCCAAGUAAAGCGGCGUCCAGGGAGACCUAAAGCUAAUAAAGUUGGGGAUGUAGGUACUCUGGAAGUGGUACCCUGUGCUCCUGAGGAGCAGCCUUUGAGGCGUCGAGGGAGAUCAAAAGCUAAAAAUGAUAUGGAUUUAGGUACCAAUGCCGAAGUACCCUGUGCUGUUGAACCUCCUAAUGAGGAGCAGCCCCAGAGGCGUCGAGGGAGGUCUAAAGCUAAACAUGAUAUGGAGGCAAGUACUAGUAGUCUAGUACCUUGUGCUCUUGAACAUCGACAGGAAGAGCAGCCACCGAAGCGACGAGGCCCAGGGAGACCUCCUAAACCAAAGCCAGAUUCAGAAGCUACCUUGACAGUUUUGUCAAGCUCAGAUAUUCCGCAUCACUCUAAGCAACAACAGCCCCUGAGCCAAGCAACUAAGAUGAGGUUUUCUAAACCAAAGCGAGGCAGAGGGAGGCCUCGAACCCUCAGAAACUGAUAUGCUGCAGCUGCAAUCACAUAGUCGAGAUUGGGGAAGACCUCCAAAAUUGCACUGAGGAACAUAGAAAAGAUUGUUACCUGAGCGUGAGCCUGCAGCUUUAGUAGAUUGCAGUACUAAUUUAUUCUUUUCACUAUGCAAUAACGUAACCAUUAGAGUUGUGUACUCUACCAGGAAUGAUCACAGUUUAGGAAUAACACGCAUCACCGAAUGAUAUUCUGAUGUUUUCUUCAAAAAUAAAUGUUAUAUUAGUCAUUUGAUUCAAGAUGUUCA